GAGGAAAAAAAAAACACACACACGCACGCACAGUGAGAGAGAGAGAGAGAAAAAAGGAGAAGUAUCUGUUUGUGCAGAGAGUCACGAAGUUGACAGAGUGGAGCCGAUCCCCAGAGAGAGGCUCCGAGGUUCCCAGCGCUGGUCCCGGACGGCAGACCUGGGCAAGAGGGGUGGGACUCACACCGAAGAUGCCACGCUCCUUCCUUGUGAAGAGCAAGAAGGCUCACACUUACCACCAGCCCCGUGUGCAGGAGGAUGAACCGGUCUGGCCUCCUGCCCUUAGCCCCGUUGUCAGGGACCAGGUCCUGAGCAACGACCCUGUCCUCAGCACCCUGUUCCCAAACCAGUGCCUGGACUGGACUGAUCUCAAACGGGAGCCGGGGCUGGAGCUGGACCCGAGCUUGGCCAGGAUGUCAUCAGCACCAGAGGGCUCCGUUGUGAUGUCCCGACCCCAGGAUGGGGACUUGCCACCCUCUGACUCACCCCCGUUCUAUAAGCCCAGCUUCUCCUGGGAUGCCCUGGCCUCGUCCUACAGCCACAGCUACCGGCAGGCCCCCUCCACCAUGCAGUCGGCCUUCCUGGAACGCUCCGUCAGCCUGUACGGCAGCCCCCUGGUGCCCAGCACCGAGCCGCCCCUGGACUUCAGCCUCCGCUACUCGCCGGGCAUGGACGCGUACCACUGCCUCAAAUGCAACAAGGUAUUCUCCACCCCACAUGGCCUCGAGGUGCAUGUCCGCCGCUCCCACAGCGGGACCCGGCCCUUCGCCUGUGACGUCUGUGGCAAAACAUUUGGUCACGCCGUGAGCCUGGAGCAGCACACGCAUGUUCACUCCCAGGGGAUCCCGGCCGGGUCCAGUCCUGCGCCCAGCUUGGCAGUCCCGGGUCGCGAGGCCCCGCCCGAGCCUGAUCCCCCGGGGCCGCGUUUCCUCCGGCAGGAGCGCAGCUUCGAGUGCCGGAUGUGCGGCAAGGCCUUCAAGCGCUCGUCCACGCUGUCCACCCACCUGCUCAUCCACUCGGACACGCGGCCCUACCCCUGCCAGUUCUGCGGCAAGCGCUUCCACCAGAAGUCGGACAUGAAGAAGCACACCUACAUCCACACGGGUGAGAAGCCACACAAGUGCCAGGUGUGCGGGAAGGCCUUCAGCCAGAGCUCCAACCUCAUCACCCACAGCCGGAAGCACACGGGCUUCAAGCCCUUCAGCUGCGAGCUGUGCGCCAAGGGUUUCCAGCGCAAGGUGGACCUGCGGCGGCACCGCGAGAGCCAGCACAACCUCAAGUGAGGCUGCGCCUGCACCCUCCCGGCUUCUGGCUAGCUUCCCCAGAGAUCCCAUCCCCUGGAGGGAGGCCAGCCUCAUGCACCCAGAUCCCCAGUCUCCUGGAGGCAGCACUGGACAAGAGUCUUCAAGAUUGUUUUGAGACUCACGAAAUUGCUGUGUGAACUUGGGCAAAUUGCUUUCACUCUCUGAACCAACAUUUCUCCUGCUGCAAAGUAUGGGAGCUGGGAUGGAUUUUUUUCUGUGCUGAAGUUGUCUACAGGUGUAAAAACUCAGGUGCCUUUCCCAGGGCAGAGCCUAGAAGGCCUGAGUGGCCCCAGGUGGACAGGAACGUCAAGAAUAGACCAGAGCUGGGACCCACGGAAAUCCUCCCGUGCCUGCUGCCCACUGUGCUGGGAUCUGGUCGCCUUGGUUUUCGUGGGCCUCUUUCAGGCUGCCGUGAACAGCCAGAGUGGCCUCCUGCCCCGGCAAGAAGCUGAGUACCCCUCUGCUUCAGCUGGACGUGUGACGGCCGCUCGCUUUGGACUGGCACUCAGCAGGCCCUGGGCAUCCCGUUCAGCUGUCAGACCAUGGGCUGGAGAAACCAGCAGUUACUGCUGUCAAAAGCCUGUUCCCCUCCACUGCUGUAAAUAAAAAUAAAGACACAGGUUUACUUACA